AUGGCUGUCCUGCUCGUCCUAAGCGCUGUCGCCGCCAUCGCCCUGUACCACUUGUUCCUCCGUUAUCGUAGCCUCGCUCGCAAUAUUGCGUUGGCGAAGAGCUCGGGGUUGCCCGUUGUCGUGACUCCAUGGCACGUCUUUUCCGUCUUCUGGCUGGCCACGUAUUACAUUUGGAUUCCGCUGCUGCAGAAACUCCCGGCUUCCUGCAAGGGACUCUGGCUAGAACUCUUGGAUCCGGAGUGGUCAUACAGGCUGGCACACAAGCCAUUCGAGCAGCUGGGCGCAGAUGUCUUCGUGGUUGCUUCUCCUACGAGACUGACCGCCUUCGUGGCUGAUGCGGAAGUGGUCACUCAGAUCACCACGCGACGAAAUGACUUUCCAAAGCCGCUUGAGAUGUAUGGCCGGCUCGACAUAUAUGGCAAAAAUCUCGUAACCACCGAAGGAUCAGACUGGCGCAUGCACCGGAAGCUCGUUGCGCCGAGCUUUGGCGAGAGAAACAAUGAAUUAGUCUUCAAAGAGACGCUGCAUAACACCCAGUCUCUCCUUCGCCUGUGGACCAGCCCCGACACUGGUGCCGACAAAACGUUGAAUGACGCAGCAACAGACACAAUGCGAUGGGCAUUAUACAUCAUCAGCGGUGCUGGUUUCGAUGUCCGCGUGCCGUGGCCCCACGAAGAGAAUGACGAACCCGGGGACGAAGAGACUAGAGCAGACUCCAUCUUCAUGAGCUCAAAAGUUCCUCCGGGUCAUAAGAUGAAUUAUCGCGGAGCGCUCAGUGAGCUGUUGCACAACAUCAUGUGGACUAUGAUGGGUCCUCCUGAGUAUCUAACGAAAUCUCCGUUCAAAAUUCACCGUACUGUUGGUACUGCGGUGGUUGAAUGGGGAAAAUAUAUGGACGAGAUUUACCAAACGAAAAGAAAACAAGUGGCCGAGGGACAUAGUGCGGCAGGCAUGGAUCUAUUCCAAGCCCUCAUCCGAGGAAGCGGUAUCCUGGACGAGAAGCAGACCGCUAUCCAGAAGAGCGAUCUUCUGGGAAAUGCCUUCGUCCUCAUGUUGGCAGGCCACGAGACCACGGCCAACGCUCUCCACUUCUCCCUCAUUCUCCUUGCCAUGCAUUGGCAAUCCCAGAAGCACCUCCAGGACGAUGUAGACAAGAUCAUCCAAGGACGACCAAUUGAGGAAUGGAAGUACGAAGAAGAUUUCCCAAAACUCUUUAGCUGUAUGCCGGCAGCCGUAAUGAAUGAAACACUCCGCAUUAUCCAGCCUGUUAUCAACAUUCCCAAAUCCACCGCGCCUAGCCGGCCGCAGCAAUUCACCAUGGGUGGUCAGCAAUAUACGAUGCCGGGCGAUACCACCAUAUGGCUCAGUGCGGCCAUCCAUCGGAAUCCGAAGUACUGGGGCGAUCCGGCACACGACAGCAAAAGCAACGGCCUACGCGACGCAGACAGGUUCAGACCGGAACGCUGGCUAGUGGACGCUAAGCCCACUGAAGCGUUCGUGGACAUUAAUUACGAUGAUGAAGAGCUACGAGGUCCUUCCGGCGAAGACACGUCCUCACAUCUCUUCAAACCUGUUAAGGGCUCGUACAUUCCUUUCAGCGACGGUUUCCGGUCCUGCAUUGGUCGACGAUUCGCUCAAGUUGAACUCCUGGCCGCUUUUGCUGUCUUCUUUUCGCAGUAUAGCGUUGAGCUCGCUGUUGAUGAGUGGGCCAGUGACGAGGAGAUUGAGCGAAUGCUGAAGGGUGGGAAGGAGAGGAAGGAGAUUUGGCAGAAGGCUGCGGAUAGAGCACAGCAUUUGCUGAGGACGAAGACGGCGAGCAUUAUAACGUUGCAGCUGCGAGGGUGUAGUAUUCCUAUCCGAGUGGUGAAACGAGGUGAGGAGAGAUUCAUGUUUGAUUACUAGUGCCCAAACAGCGCUUUGGAUAGAUUCAGUACACUGUAUGCAUUGUUCGGCA